AGGAAGGUUUCUAUUCAAUCUCAAAUUCUCAACUUUAGCAUUCUAGUUGGUAUCAGGACUUCAAUUCUUUACAUGUGACUUGAAGUUCAUCACGUUCGAGACUUACGUUUCUACUCAAACUCUACUACCAAUAUCUAUAAAUAUUAACCUUGCUGCUUCCUUUCUGCAUCGAAAACCUGGCCGAAGCCUUAGGAAGAGAGAUCGGCAAAUACACAGGUAUACUUUUGUCUUCUUCUCUUUUCUUUUAACAAUUUGCAGGGGAAAUUCGGCCAAACCAAAAUCCAUAUGCUUUAGUUGGUGAUGAAGAACCAUAUCUGCUCUCAAUUGACGUGAGAAGAAUUGUGAAAUCAUAAUUGAUGAUGCUUUAAUUUGUUGCUGAUUUGUGGCGAGGGAGCUCUGUGGCGAUCUGCUCACCGCCGAAGCAGAGAAGAAGAUGAAACUUGAAUAGUUGCGGAUACCUCUUGCCGGACUGCUCGGAUUGGAAGCUAGUUGGUGUUGGAAGCUAGUCGGUGUUGGAAAAGAUGCUGCCGCCUCUUGCCAGAUUGCUCGGGUUGGAAGCCAGUUGGUGUUGGAAGCUAGUUGGUGUUUGGAAGCGAGUUGGUGUCUUCGUUUGAAGGAACCUGCCGCCGUACACGAGAGCUAGUUGGUGUCUGGCAGAUUGCUGGUGUCGGAUGCCGCGGAAGCUAGUCGGUGUUGACGCUGAUAGAACCUGCCGCUGUACACGAAGAGCUAGUUGGUGUUUGGCAGAUUGUUGGGGUCGGAUGCCGCGGAAGCUAGUUGGUGUUGACGCCAAGAAUUUGGAUCCAGAUGCUGAUUUUUGUUGCUGCCGCCGAGAUGAUGGCGCAUGUGCUGUUGCCGUCAGAAAUCGAUGCCGGAGCUUGGUGUAUGACUUAUGCAGUUCGUCGGAGAGCUAUCGUCGCUGCUGAUUCGUUACUGGGACUUGAAGUUGGUUGCUAGUCGGAGAAGAAGCCGUCAUCAAUAUUGUCAAAGGCCGAAGUCGAGACGGGGAAGACGAUUGGCCGAAUUAGACAUUGAUUUUUGUUCAAUAGAAAAGCCUUUCUUUGUCGCUGCUGCUAGUCUUCUUUCGAAGUUUAAUUUACCGGGUUGCGGGUUCCUUACAAAAAGAAACUGUGUGUUAAGUUAUUGGCAGCAGCAAUACUUUUUGGACCUUAUCAUAUAUCUCGAACGUUCCCAUUCCUGGCCUCAUUAAUUGAGAUUGUUUUAAGAUAUUUAAGCUCUUCCAAAUUCUCG